CGAGCAGCCCGGCGCCGCCGGCGGGGAAGCGCGGAGCCCGCUCUCGCGGCCCGAGCGAACUUUCCUCGGGCGCGUCGGAUGCGGAGACCGGGCGGCAGGACCGGCUAGAAGCGGCUCAAGAUGAAUCCCCAGCAGCAACGCAUGGCCGCGAUAGGGACCGACAAGGAGCUGAGCGACCUGCUGGACUUCAGCGCGAUGUUUUCUCCACCUGUUAAUAGUGGGAAAACCAGACCAACCACACUGGGGAGCAGUCAGUUCAGCGGGUCAGGUAUGGAUGAACGGGGCAGUGCAACAUCUUGGGGAACAAGUGGCCAACCAAGUCCAUCCUAUGAUUCAUCUAGAGGUUUUACAGACAGCCCUCAUUACAGUGACCACCUGAACGACAGCCGAUUAGGGGCCCAUGAAGGCUUGUCCCCAACGCCUUUCAUGAACUCAAAUCUGAUGGGUAAAACAUCAGAAAGAGGCUCAUUUUCCUUGUAUAGCAGAGACUCCGGAUUACCAGGCUGUCAAUCUAGUCUCCUGAGACAAGAUCUAGGACUCGGGAGCCCAGCACAGCUGUCUUCUUCAGGAAAGCCUGGAACACCAUACUACUCAUUCUCUGCCACAAGUUCUAGGAGAAGACCACUCCAUGACUCUGUAGCUCUAGAUCCUUUGCAAGCAAAAAAAGUCAGAAAGGUGCCUCCUGGUCUGCCUUCUUCUGUGUAUGCACCGUCCCCAAAUUCUGAUGAUUUCAACCGUGAAUCCCCUAGUUAUCCAUCUCCUAAGCCACCAACCAGUAUGUUUGCUAGCACUUUCUUUAUGCAAGAUGGGACCCACAAUUCUUCUGACCUUUGGAGUUCAUCAAAUGGGAUGAGCCAGCCUGGCUUUGGUGGAGUUCUAGGGACCUCCACUUCCCACAUGUCUCAGUCCAGUAGUUAUGGCAGCCUCCACUCACAUGACCGCCUGAGCUACCCUCCACACUCAGUUUCGCCAGCAGACAUGGGCACAAGUCUCCCACCAAUGUCCAGCUUCCACCGUGGCAGCACUAGCAGCUCCCCGUAUGUCGCCGCUUCGCACACUCCUCCCAUCAACGGGUCGGAUGGCAUUCUGGGCACCAGAGGGAAUGCUGCCGGAAGCUCACAAACAGGAGACGCCCUUGGAAAGGCUUUGGCAUCUAUUUAUUCUCCUGAUCAUACAAGCAGUAGUUUUCCAUCAAACCCAUCAACACCUGUUGGAUCUCCUUCACCACUUACAGGUGCCACUCAAUGGCCCAGAGCUGGAGGGCAAGCUCCUUCAUCCCCAAGCUAUGAAAACUCACUCCACUCCUUGAAAAAUCGAGUUGAGCAGCAGCUUCACGAGCAUUUGCAGGAUGCAAUGUCCUUCUUAAAGGACGUCUGUGAGCAAUCACGAAUGGAGGACCGUUUAGACAGAUUGGAUGAUGCCAUCCAUGUGCUACGGAACCAUGCUGUGGGGCCUUCCACCAGUUUGCCUGCUGGCCACAGUGACAUACAGAGCUUAUUGGGACCAUCCCAUAAUGCAUCAAUUGGAAGCCUCAAUUCAAACUAUGGAGGGUCAAGCCUCGUUACAAACAGUCGAUCAGCUUCGAUGGUUGGAACUCACCGGGAAGAUUCUGUCAGUCUCAAUGGCAAUCAUUCAGUCCUGUCUAGUACUGUUGCUGCUCCAAGCACAGAUCUGAACCAUAAAACACAAGAAAACUACAGAGGUGGCUUGCAGAGUCAGUCUGGAAAUGUUGUUCCAACAGAAAUCAAGACUGAAAGCAAAGAGAAAGAUGAAAACCUUCAUGAACCUCCUUCAUCAGAUGACAUGAAAUCAGAUGAUGAAUCCUCCCAAAAAGAUAUCAAGGUCUCGUCUAGAGGCAGAACAAGUAGUACUAAUGAAGAUGAAGAUCUGAAUCCAGAACAGAAAAUUGAACGGGAAAAGGAAAGGCGGAUGGCUAACAACGCCAGAGAGCGCCUGCGAGUGCGGGAUAUUAAUGAGGCCUUCAAAGAGCUUGGCCGAAUGUGUCAGCUCCACUUGAAGAGUGAGAAGCCCCAAACAAAACUCCUCAUUCUUCAUCAGGCAGUGGCCGUCAUUCUUAGUCUAGAGCAGCAAGUCAGAGAGAGGAACCUCAACCCCAAAGCAGCCUGCCUUAAGAGACGGGAGGAAGAAAAAGUCUCUGCCGCAUCGGCAGAGCCACCAACUGCGCUGCCAGGAGCCCAUCCUGGGCUUAGUGAGACUACCAACCCCAUGGGUCAUAUGUAAUGUCAGCCAGUUCCAGAGGUAGCAGCAGGCUAGAGAGAAGGUGACCUCUCCUCAUGAGGACUUGGACAACUCAGAUUAUCUGAAGACAUAAACCUGAUAGGAGGGAGAAGAAAAAGCAAAACACUUGAAGCAAGAAACUCAAAUGUAAUCCUACGAUCAAAGCAGCUGGUCACUUCCUCAGCAGUGAAGAUAGGAAGCGCAUCCGAUCGCUCGUCAGCCCGUGAGAUCUCGCAGCACACCGUGGUGCUGCAGACCUGCGUGGCUUCUGCACAAUCAGAGACUGUCUUGAUCUCUCCACUCACCGUGGAUGUUGCCUUGUGCCUAAACUGAAUUGACAAAUGCAUUGUAACUACAAAUUUUAUUUAUUGUUAUGGAACUGUAAGGUCUACAUAUAAAGGGAAAAAGUUACUGUGGAAAGCUGAUGUGCACUCAGCUGACGCUGACUCGUGAAAGCCGUUCGCGUGCAGAGAACAAAGCAGUGACGACCAUUGGCCCUUAGCAUUCCCAGCACACCUGUGAGUGUCUUAAAGGAAGGGAAGUCUUUUGUUGCCCUCGCCUACCCUUUGCCGUAUGAAGAGUGUUUUCCAUGAAAUAGGAAGAUAGUACUUGGCAUAGCAUUUUCUCAUUUUUUCAUUCAUUUUUAUUUUGUCUUUGUAGAUGUUACAUUUGAUCUCUGAAUCUGAAUAGUUUAUGGUCACAGUCCAGACUCCUCUGCACAGCCCUGUAUGCUUUACAUGUGAACUUUACAUGGCAAGCAGAUACCAUCUGUGACCAUAGCCUAGCUAAGAUUUUGAAAGGGGAGUUUUGUCCCCUAGAUUUUCCCCCAAAUAAACAUUACUUUAUUUCUAAUAAUAACUAAGACUUUUCCGGCUUCUAGGUUUCAUAGGAAAGCUUGUAAUAGCCAGAAGUAUAAUUUACCAGGGAAGAGUCUUUUAGAAAUCACUCUGUUUUCAAGCAGUAAGCACUACAUGAUACAGUACUUUGUGAAGUGUUAGCUGUAAGUAAGCACAAAAUACAGGUGAAAUACCAAGAUGAUUUUUCAGGCUAUAAUUAUGGCGACCAUAAUCAAACCUAGCAGUCACCAAGGCAGGUAGUGUGACAAAUGAACACACCACCCUGAGGCUAAUUAAUUAAUGGAAUCCAAGAGCAAAGGUACCGUGUUUCUGUAUCCUAGCCUUUAUUUCUCUGUCCUGUGGAUGGCUGGUCAGUAGGGAGGAAUUCAGUGGGUGAUUUAAUCAACUGCAAACCAUCGGCCCUGUUCCCAGAAGAUGGGGCAGAUUAGCAUCACGCCAUGCUUGUGCUCAGUCCAUCUGAACACCGCACUAGGCACGUCUGUCUCUAGUCCUUAGUAUCCACUUUGAACUUCCAUUCAAUCUGUCUUCCACCACCACAACCCUGGGAGAAAAAACAUGCUCAACAAGGUUGUCUUGGCUUAGGAAUUCCUUUGUCACCACUCUCAGCAACGGCAGUUAGCACACAGCAGAAAGAACUAAAGAUUCCUGUCAACUGAAAGAACCAAAACAGUUCAGACGGAACUCCAGGUCUUCCCGCCGUCCCAUCGGGAUGACCCCUAGCAAACCAGUCCUUUGUGCAUUGAGGGGCAUUUUGGUCACCUUGAUUCACACCCAUUCUCCAGUUACGUCAGACUACCUGUGGCCUUGUUCUUCAUUGCAGUGUUGAUCAGCUAGAUCAGGUGUCGUUGCUUAUGAUGUGUGAGUGGACACGAGCCACUGCCUGGCCUCUUUCUUCAGAGCUUGUCGUCUUUUUCGCUAUAUUAGACUUUGCAGUAUGCCCAGAAGCUUUCCUUCAUAAAAUAGAAAGAAAAAAAACAUUUGGCUUAUUUUUCACUGUAGUUAGUCUUUUAUACAAUAAUCUUGUAAGAAAAUUUCUUGAAUUCUAAAUAUUACUCUUUCUAGAUUUUUGAAAUCAAAAAUUUUCAGUAAAAAGUUUCUUACUUUAUUUUAUUAUAUUAGGUAGUAAAAGAUGUAGGGUUAUUUACCAUAACCUGUUCAUUAAUAUCAGAAAUUUACAAUAGCAUUUAAGACCGUAGGAUUCUAGCAUACCGUGUAGUACCCAUGGAGUCUUGUAGGAGCUCAUUGUUCGAGAUGAAUUGCUUCUCAUCUUGUUCUCCAGUUUCCAUUAUUGGUUUAUUGCAGAUUUGUAUCCUGUGUCAAAUUCAAGGUAUUAUUGAUAAACCUUUUCAACCAGCAGCAAGAAGUUCAAACUUUUUCUGUCACGGUCACAGAAAACACAGUGUGUAUAUAACAUUUAUGUAGCAAUAAAUGUGCCAUCUUUUUUCUAA